GACGGAUGUCGAUCUAACUGCCAACCCUAGACACCGCACUAAAUCCCGUCACUCUGAAUUCAGUCAGCAAAAAUGCCGUCACCGUCGUUCCUGAAGUACGAAGAACUUAUCCCUGAGCUAAAGCUUGAGAUCUGGCGCCAGGCCUCGCUUUCUCCCGGUGUCCAUUACUUCAAAAUUAGACCUUGGAUAGGUAGACGGGGAGCCGAUCUUCGCGUUCAAAGGGUUGAGCUUACCCCUUCCGGUCAGCCGGACUCUGAUCCCUCGGUAUGGAGAGUUCGUGAUAGCAUUGCCAAGGCCGAUAAGUACUCAUGGGAGAUCGCGAACAAACUUCUAAAAGGGGCAUCAGCCAAGGAACUCUGGCGUCCUCAACGCGGAGAUCAUCCCGGCGCUGUAAUUGAUUGUGACCAUGACCUUGUCUGUAUCCGGUUCCAGGGUCUCAUCUCCAACCCGUAUAUUGGACGCUUCGGCGACUUCGACAAGUUGUCGGGCAUUAAACGCGUCGCGGUCGAGUACAAAAAGAAUUGGAGGCCUUCCAUCAUGUACAAUUGGCCCCAACCGACUUUCCAAUGCCUAUGUCCUAAUACAAUCCAUGAGGUCACAGCAGUUUGUCCCAAAACUCUAGAAGACUUCAUCCCGUACUUUCCAGAUAUCGACACCUUCUACUUUAUGGUCAAACUGACUAGCCAAGCCAUCAAGCCCCUUCCACCAGCCCCAAGAGGAAAGAAGCGAAGUCGACAGGGAGUUGUUAAGAAGGAAGGUGGCCAGCAGCCUGAGCCCACACCGAUAAAGUCACAGGCACGAGGAAAAGUUGCUCAGAUGACUUCAGAGACGUUCACCAAGUUCCGAGGUAGGUGCUUCUUCUUAUACCUUACAGGGAAGAACAAAGCUGGACUUCUAUUUUCUUAUGUAUAGAAAAUAUGCUAAUAUGCCUGUGUGAUUUGCAGAUAUUGCGGAACGGAACAAACUCGACACUUUCGAAGAUCGAGUGUACACCUACUGCGAGGUGCGAGAAGCUGACACGUCGUGCCUCUUUAUGCACGAAGAACUAUGGAAGGUCUUUAGCGAACUAAAGAACCUUUGGAAACUCGCCAAGACGAAAUCACCGCCUCCUUACCCGGUCAGAGAACCCGAGCUCAAAGUCCUAGUCUACACCGAAUUGAAGAAGAGGUAGCUGUAUUAAAUAUAAGGGCCUAUAGAAGGCGGCACUUUGGGCAAAUCUUUCACCAAAAUUUUUGAUCACAGAUAGGGGCGUAUAGGUCAAUGUCGUUGGCAUCUAGCAUAUGACAUUUCCGAACCGGUAGUCCGAAG